AGUCCGUCCCACUCCUAUUCAGUACAUAUGCAGCAGACUGGAGCUGAGCCUGCAUACCACUGCUGCUGACGACUGCUCUGAUCCCACACACACACACACACACUCAUCAUACACACACACUCAUCACACCACACUCACAGAGGCGCUGAAACUCAGAACAGUGCUGGGAGAUGCAACCGGCUGGCAGCCACUGACAACCUUCAGUCGAUCCGGACACACUGUGCCAGUGUGAGAGAGGCCGACACACUGCUACAGCAGAGGAAGAGCACUUGACAAAGGACACUACAGUGACCUCCAGCAGUUAAACCACCCGAUCAAAGAAAAGGGAACCUGACUCUGGAAGAGGAAAGAGGAGCGAUCACACCCCACCACUGAAACACGACCCACUGGAAGAAGGAGAGACAGAGGGGCUGAAGGCCGUCUCUGACACCCGGGGGAAACGAGGCAGGAUGCUGGCUAAGAUCCUCGAGGACAUGUGGGUAGAGCCCGAGGUGCUGGAGGCCCUCAGUGAGGACCAGAAGAGGAUCCUCUUCCUGAAGAUGAGAGAGGAGCAGGUACGCCGCUGGACAGAGCGGGAGGAGAGGGAGGAGAGGGAAGGAAGAGACAACAACAACAACAAGCCGAAGAAAGCUGACAACAAGCAUGUGAAGUGGCUGCUGGGUCGGGACGGCGAUGUGAGCGUCUGUGUGAUCGGAGAGGUGGAUGAGUUCAGGUCCUCCAAACUCCUCCAGAGCCUCAUGAAUAACAGAGUCCACGGGGAUCAUUUGAACGGCGUCCAGACGGUGGACUUGCUGCCAGGAAGAGAGGCCCAGCAGCUCGGCUUGAAGCAAGACAUCCAGCUGUCCCCCGCAGAUGUUAGUAACGACGCAGCUCCAGAACACGAGCAGUGGGACGAGGAGGACUCCUGCAGCGCUGACGGCGAACCGAAGGACCCCGCUGAGGACAGCGACAGUGAAUCAGGCUCGUACGACCUCGGCGACUGGACUCCUCUCUACAGGCCCCAUUUUAGUAGCCAUGGCAACCAGGCACCGCUCAAAGACAAGCUCCCAGACACAGAGAGGGCAGGCGCACAGGACAGAGAGACUGUGUUUUGUGAAGAGAAAAAGUCUGAGCAUGGAGGCCGCGUGGCGCAGCUCAGGAAGGCAUUCACAGACGAUGCUCACAGCACUCGGGCCUACACCAAACCUGCAAUACCUGCCAAACCUGCUCACCUGCAGAAAAGCAGCACGCCUUUGAUCCAUUAAGACAGGCGUGUCCAGCGUGCUACGAGAUGCCACUGGGACCCCACACGGAGGCAGAGCCUACUGUGACUGAUUGUUAACGAGCCCUGUGCAGAACAUAACGGCUCAGGUGUAGACACUGAUGGACCGGGCUGAGGCCACAUGCACUGGAAGAAAAGGAUCCUUACUUGAACCCUGAGCGGUGAACUGAGAUGCACUGUGUUAGGCCUCGAUUCAUGGACCGAAACUACAGACAGAGAAAUGUCUGGGGUGAGGGGAGAGGGGGGUCAGACUGAGAGAGAAAAACUUGAAAGCUGUUCAAACUAAGUCAACCUGAAUGAUAAAAACAAAGCAGCUUUAAUGUUGCCGAGUUCAAAUAUGCUCACGGUUUGUGUGAUUGACAGGCAGACGCAGAGAGACGUGUCCACAGACUAUUGACCGCAAGGUGGAAAAGACACUGUGGUGAACUUGUUAAACGAGUGUUAAUGAAGUUUCAUUAUUCAGAAGUUAUACGCAGGUUACCAGGAUCUAAAACGUAACAUUUGAUCAAACUCCUAUCCAGGUGAUUUUGUGCUGUUCAGAAGCUUUAAACAGUUUGAGCCCUCGUGUUGUCUUCCCGUCAGCCGUGCAACUUUUAGUUUUUCUGGGUCAACAUUUUAAUAAGAACUUUUCUUUCAACAUUGUUCACCGUCGAUUUCCCCACUGUUUUGUCACUUUUCACAAUUUUUUGAAAGUUUUUCCCCGACGUUUUUGCACACUUAUUUCCCCAAGUUGUCACUUUUCCCGAUGAUUCGCUCGAUUUUUUCCCAUUGGAUUUUUUUUUGACGUUUUUGUUGUUCCCCCCCGCGUUUUUGAAGGUUUUUACCAACAUUUUUGUUACUUUUUUCAACGUUCAUGUGUCAUUAUUUUCUCCAAAUGCUUUCAAAUUGAAUAAAACACCCAAAUUCAAUGAAAGUAGUGGACUGGUCAUUUAUUUGACUUGUGAAGAGCGUUGUAUGGAACCAUCCACGUUAAUUCCUUUGACAAUUUGGUGGAAAGAAACCCACAUUUCUGAUAUAGAAACUUUUUGAAAAUGGGUCAGAUUAGACCCGAGGACAACAGGAGGGUUAAAUGUAGUCUACAUGUAUGUAACGUGUUACUGGACUGUUUCGACACCACUGACUUUCACCAGGGUUGGCAACAUCUUCAUCCAGUAUAUCAAUCACAAUGGUGCAGGGGUUUUUCAUGGUGAAUAAUAAACAGACUGUAAAUAGUCUAAUCUAG